GUUUUUUUUUUUGUUUUUUGGUUCCAAAAAUGGUUAUAUAGCUAAAGCGUCGUUUGGAGAGCAAGAAUGGUACUUCUUCAGUCCUCGAGAUCGGAAGUAUCCAAACGGAGCAAGACCGAACAGAGCCGCCACCUCAGGAUACUGGAAAGCAACCGGUACAGAUAAACCGGUUCUUGCUUCCGACGGUAACCAAAAAGUCGGUGUGAAGAAGGCACUCGUCUUCUACAGUGGUAAACCACCAAAAGGCGUUAAAAGUGAUUGGAUCAUGCAUGAGUAUCGUCUCAUCGAAAACAAACUCAACAAUCGACCUCCUGUUUGUGACUUCGGCAACAAGAAAAACUCACUCAGACUUGAUGAUUGGGUGUUAUGUAGAAUCUACAAGAAGAACAACGCAGGUCGACAUGUGGAUAACGAUAAGGAUCACGAUAUGAUUGAUUACAUUUUCAGGAAGAUUCCUCCGUCCUUGUCUGCUGCUACUGGACUCCACCACCAUCACCAUAAUGUCUCAAGAUCGAUGAAUUUCUUCCCUGGGAAGUUCUCUGGUGGUGGUUACGGUAUUUACUCCGACGGUAAUACGAGUUUAUACGACGGCGGUGGCAUGAUCAACAACAACAUGGAUACCGAAUCAGUGGAUCAUCGUGACAAUAAUAACGUUGACGUCGUUGGUUUGAACCAUGCUUCGUCGUCAGUCCCGAUGAUGAUGAUGGCGAAUCAGAAACGAGCUUUUCCUGUGCCGUAUUGGCCUGUAGCGGAGGAGGAGCAGGACGCAUCUCCUAGCAAGCGGUUUCACGGUGGAGGAGGAGACUGUUCGAACAUGUCUUCUUCGAUGAUGGAAGAGACUCCACCAAUGAUGCAACAACAAGGUGGUGGUGUGUUAGGAGAUGGGUUAUUCAGAACGACGCCGUACCAGUUACCUGGUCUAAACUGGUACCCUUCUUAAAUCAAAAUAUGUGCUUUUAGCCACCGGUGUGAAGAAUUUUUUUCCGAUUGGUGGGGGUUAUUUAAAUUUUAUAUAAAUUUGAGAUUUGUGUAUAUGUUUUGGGGUUAAUUUAAAAUUGGUCAUAGGGGUUAGAGGUAAAAAGGAGAUUAUUUAGAGAGGCGGAGAAGUGAUGAGGCAACAUAUACAAGAAACAUAGGAUAUUUUCUUCUUGAAAAAACGAUUACUGUUUCUUGAUUUUUAUUAUUAAAUGUAUAAAUUAUAUACUUAGAUGUUUAUAUAUAUAUAUAUAGAUUGUAUAGAUGCAUAUAGUUCUCUCAGUGAUAUUUUGAGAUUGUAUUUUCUUGUAAAGGAGAUGAUUUAAGAAAGAAACAAAAAAAAAAUAGUUGUGUAAACUGUGUGUUUUUCUUUGCA